AUGCCUCGUCGCGAAGCUUCUCCGGCUAUGUCGGAGAACGAGUUCGACAUCACAAGUGCGCUUUUCCAAAAUGAUGAUGAUUCCGUCGUCGAUGUCGGCAGUUCUGCACCCCGACAGAAACCCAAUACCACGCAAGACCUUGAUUUCCUCAAUGCCGACGACGAUGGUGAUGCGGCCUUUAUUGCGACACAACAGGCAUCGGCGAACCGAAAAGGGUCAAAUCUCAAGGGUCGUACGGUGAAGAAAGGUGGUGGUUUCCAGGUCAUGGGUCUCAAUGCCAAUCUACUCAAAGCCAUCGCCCGGAAAGGAUUCUCAGUACCAACUCCCAUCCAGCGCAAGACAAUUCCUGUGAUUAUGGACGACAAAGAUGUCGUCGGCAUGGCUCGAACCGGUUCGGGAAAGACUGCCGCGUUUGUUAUUCCCAUGAUUGAGAAACUGAAGAGUCACAGUGCCACCUUUGGUGCCCGAGCUUUGAUCAUGUCGCCGUCGCGUGAACUUGCUCUGCAGACAUUGAAGGUCGUCAAGGAGAUGGGGCGUGGAACGGAUUUGAGAUCGGUCUUGCUCGUUGGUGGAGAUAGUUUGGAGGAUCAGUUUGCCAUGAUGGCUGGUAAUCCCGACAUUGUGAUUGCGACGCCAGGUCGAUUCUUGCAUUUGAAGGUUGAGAUGGACCUCGAUCUAUCAAGCAUCCGUUACGUCUGUUUCGACGAGGCUGAUCGACUCUUCGAAAUGGGUUUUGCUGCGCAAUUGACGGAAAUUCUUCACGGCCUUCCCUCCAACCGCCAGACACUCCUCUUCUCUGCCACCCUCCCCAAGUCACUUGUGGAAUUCGCGCGUGCUGGUCUUCAAGAGCCUAGCCUCGUGCGCCUGGAUACCGAGAGCAAAAUCUCCCCUGACCUUCAAAAUGCUUUCUUCUCAGUCAAAUCGUCCGACAAGGAAGGCGCGCUGCUUCAUAUCCUGCACAACGUCAUUAAAAUGCCAACUGGCCCGACUGAAGUUACCCAAAGAUUCAAGGCGGAAGCCGAAGAUCCCAAGAACAGAAAGCGCAAGAGACCACACUCAGGAAAGUCUAUCUACAAGGAGUCUCCUACCGAGCACUCUACCAUUGUUUUUGCUGCGACGAAACACCACGUCGACUAUCUCUACUCCCUCUUGAUUGAAGCCGGCUUUGCCACAUCCUACGCCUACGGUAGUCUUGACCAACUGGCAAGAAAGAUUCAGGUUGAAAAUUUCAGGAAGGGGAUUUCUAACAUUCUUGUUGUUACCGACGUGGCUGCUCGUGGUAUUGAUAUUCCUGUCCUCGCCAAUGUGAUCAACUACGACUUCCCUUCUCAACCAAAGAUCUUUGUUCACCGUGUUGGUCGUACCGCCCGUGCCGGACAGACAGGAUGGAGUUACAGUCUGGUCCGCGACGCGGAUGCGCCAUACCUGCUUGAUCUUCAACUUUUCCUGGGUCGACGGCUGGUCUUGGGCCGUCAGUUUGGGACUCAAGUCAACUAUGCGGAAGAUGUGGUAGUCGGUACCAUCCCCCGCGACCCUCUUUCCCAGAGUUGCGAAUGGGUCAACAAAGUUCUUAGUGAGGCUGUCGAUAUUGCCUCUCAGCGACAGGUCUCUGUUCGCGGUGAAAAGCUCUACAUGCGCACUCGAAAUGCUGCAUCGUUGGAGAGCGCGAAGCGAGCUAAGAAGGUCACCGCCACCGAAGACUGGUCUACGAUUCAUCUCUUGUUUAACGACGAUGAGAGUCAGAUGGAAGCAGAGCGUGAGAAGAUGCUUGCUCGCAUCGGCGGCUUCCGACCAUCGGAAACCGUAUUCGAGGUCCAGAAUCGACGUGGUGGCAAGCAAGAGGGCGGGGAAGCUAUCGAUACCAUCAAACGAAUCCGUGCUACAGUCGACAAGAAGAAAAUCCGUGCCCAGAAUAAGGAACAGUCUGAGCUGGCCGAACUGGGUAUCAGCGUCAGUCAGCCGGAUGAAGAUGCCGUCGAUGCCGAGUAUGACAACAUCCCCGAUGAAGCUGGAGACAACAUGUCUGAGGCAUCCGAGUCUGAGCUUGAAGUCACAUUCUCCGCCUACAACCAGAAGGACAAAAAGACCGACACCUCAAACGGGGUAUCGGCGACUUCAUUCCAGAAUCCUGAUUACUUCAUGGGCUACACACCCGCGAACCAUAACAGUGCGGAAGAUCGGGCCUACGGUGUCCACUCUGGUACCAACUCCAACUUCGCACACGAGUCGCGGAACGCGACCAUGGACCUGAAUGGUGAUGAAGGUCAAAAGAACUUUGGUGAGAACCGGUCCGUCAUGCGUUGGGACAAGCGACACAAGAAGUAUGUCGCUCGCCAGAACGACGAGGAUGGAUCCAAGGGCACGCGCCUCGUCCGCGGUGAGAGUGGUGCCAAGAUCGCCGCCAGUUUCCGCAGUGGCCGAUUCCAGAGCUGGAAGAAGGGCAAGCGUAUGAGCAACCUGCCUCGCGUGGGUGAAGCCGAGACGCCCGGUCUCUCCACGGGAUCGGGCAUGCCUGGUGCUCACGGCCCUGGUGGUCGAUUCCGCCACCAGAAACAGCAGGCUCCCAAGCGGGCCGACCCGUUGCGGUUUGACUACGAGAAGCAGAAGAAGAGGAAUGAGACGGCUCGGGAGCGUCAGCAAUCACAAGUUGGCGGUGCUGCGGCGCGCGGAAAGAGUGAGAUUCGCUCGACUGAGGAUAUUCGGAAGGCGCGGAAGCUGCAGCAGAAGCGCCGCGACAAGAACGCGCGCCCUUCGAAGAAGCGUUAG